AUGGCUGACGCGAUGGCCGAGGCCCUAAAGCCGAUGAAGGCAACGUCAGAUGGCGUCUUCCAGGGGGAGAACCCGCUGCACUCAGCGCUGCCACUUGCCAUCCUGCAGAUAUGCAUCGUCGUCGUGCUCACCCGCGUGCUCGCCUUCAUCCUCCGCCCGCUGCGGCAGCCGCGCGUCAUCGCCGAGAUCAUCGGUGGCAUCCUUCUUGGCCCGUCCGCGCUGGGCCGCAGCACCGCGUUCCUGAACACGGUGUUCCCCAAGCAGAGCCUGACAGUGCUGGACACCCUCGCCAACAUCGGCCUCCUCUAUUUCCUCUUUCUCGUUGGCCUGGAGCUGGACCUCCAUGCCAUCCGCCGCACCGGCAGCUCGACGCUCAUCAUUGCCAUCGCCGGGAUCUCGCUCCCUUUCAUCAUAGGCAUCGGCACCUCCUUCGUCCUCCAGCACACUGUCGCUCGUGGAGUCCCUACAGGGCCAUUCCUCGUCUUCAUGGGCGUCGCGCUCUCCAUCACCGCGUUCCCCGUGUUGGCGCGCAUCCUCGCUGAGCUCAAGCUCCUAACGACCGACCUCGGCCGCAUGGCCAUGUCGGCCGCCGCCGUCAACGACGUCGUCGCGUGGAUACUUCUGGCGCUCGCCAUUGCCUUGUCCGGCAGCGGCUCGCCGCUCAUCUCGCUGUGGGUGCUGCUGACGGGAGCUGGCUUCGUCGUCGUAGCCUUCUUCUUGCUCCGGCCUAUCCUCACAUGGAUGGCGCGGCGGUCCCCUGAGGGCGAGCCGGUGAAGGAGCUUUAUAUCUGCGCAACUUUGGCCAUCGUGCUCGCUGCCGGGUUCACAACGGACACCAUCGGCAUCCACGCGCUCUUCGGCGCGUUCAUCGUCGGCAUCAUCGUCCCUAAGGAUGGGUCCUUCGCUGCGGUCCUCCUAGAGAAGGUGGAGGACCUCAUCUCCAGCCUGUUCCUGCCACUCUACUUUGUGUCCAGCGGCCUCAAGACGGACGUGAUGACCAUCAAAGGCAGCCAGUCAUGGGCACUCCUCGUGCUCGUCGUUGGGACGACGUGUGUUGGCAAGAUCGGCGGCACGUUGAUUGCGUCACUCCUCAUGCGUGUGCCGCUACGCGAGGCACUCACGCUUGGGUUCCUGAUGAACACCAAAGGGCUCGUGGAGCUCAUCGUCCUAAACAUCGGCAAGGACCGGCACGUCCUCAACGAUGAGACCUUUGCCAUCCUCGUGCUCAUGGCGCUCAUCACGACCUUCAUCACGACGCCCGUGGUCAUGGCCAUCUACAAGCCGGCGCACCGGGGUGCGCCGUACAAGAACCGCGCCGUCCAACGCGGCAACCCCAACGAUGAGUUCCGGAUGAUGGCGUGCUUCCACAGCACGCGCAACAUCCCUACCAUCAUCAACCUGAUGGAGUCGUCGCGGGGGACGCGACGGCGCGGCAUCAUCGUGUACGCCAUGCACCUCGUCGAGCUCUCGGAGCGGUCCUCUGCCAUCUCCAUGGUCCACAAGGCGCGGCGCAACGGCAUGCCGUUCUGGAAUCGGCGGCGCGACGGCGACGGUGACCAGCUCGUCGUUGCCUUCGAGACGUACCAGCAGCUGAGCCGUGUGUCGAUCCGUGCCAUGACGGCCAUCUCUGACCUGCACACCAUCCACGAGGACAUCGUCACCAGCGCGCACCAGAAGCGGGCUGCGCUCAUCGUGCUCCCCUUCCACAAGCUCCACCAGAUGGACGGCCACAUGGAGUCGCUCGGCGACCAGUACCAGCACAUCAACCAGCGCGUGGUCCACCAUGCACCCUGCUCCGUCGGCAUCCUCGUCGACCGCGGCCUCGGCGGUGCAGCCCAGGUGGCCGCCAGCGACGUGUCCUACACCAUCGUAGUCAUCUUCUUUGGAGGCCACGACGACCGCGAGGCCCUAGCCUACGGCAUGCGCAUGGUCGAGCACCCAGGCAUCGGGCUCCACAUGUUGCGCUUCUCGCCGCAGUCCGAUGCCUGCGAUCGCGCUGCGGACGACACAUUCCUUGAGGAAUUCCGGACCAAGGUGGCCAACGGGAACGAGUCCGUCCGGUACGAGGAGAAGCCGGUGGGAGGUAAGGCAGAGGUCGUGGAGGCUUUCAAGGCGGUAGGGCGGUGCAACCUGUUCCUGGUCGGGCAGGGAACGCCGUGCGCGCCGCUGGCUGACCGGAGCACGGACGACUACCCGGAGCUCGGGCCGGUGGGUAGUUACCUGGCGCUGCCUGAGUUCUCCACGGUUGCAUCUGUACUGGUGAUGAAACAGUACGAUCCCACGGCGAAGCACUAUGACCUUGUCGAGGAGGUGGCCGAAAUAGCGGUGGACGUCGACACGCCGGGAAGCAACAGGGGCACCAACACCAGCUUCCAUGCUGGAUGGUACGUGCUGGCGUUAGAGGUAUCGUGA